UAAAUAAAAUAUACAAAAGUCUAAGCAAUGCUGGAUCAACUAAAUGAUGAUACUAAUUAAGCUAGAAAGCUUGGAAAUUUCAGAGAAGUCGAUUGUUUUGACUUCAUAAACACAAUCAAAUAAUGGCUGUCUAAAUGUUAGCUUCCUGGAAUUUUAUUUUUAAACUGUUGAAGAACUUGAAGAGAACCAAGACAAAUGUCCAAGGCUAGUAACCUCAUUCUUGUUGGAAUUGGCUGUACUAUCGUUGGAUUUGCAGGUCGCUAUGCUCUUCGUUAUGGCAAAGUUGCAGGAGAAACUUUGAAAAAACAAAUAGAUUCUUUACCAUCAACAUCUGCAUUUACCUAUAACAAAUAUUACAAAGGUGGUUUUGAACCCAAAAUGUCCAAACGAGAAGCUGGAUUAAUUCUUGGUGUCAGCCCAUCUGUGAGUAAAUCUAAACUUAAGGAAGCCCACAAAAGAAUUAUGCUUUUAAACCAUCCAGACAGAGGUGGAUCUCCAUAUUUAGCAGCUAAAAUCAAUGAAGCUAAAGACUAUUUAGAAAAUAAUAAAAACUAAGUGUUUUAAUAACAAGAAAGAUUUGGACAUUUUGGAAAUUAUUUUCCAACUGUUACAGUGAUGCUUUUUUAUUCAUACUCUGUAGAAAUAAAUAUUUUUUUAAAUAAAACAGUUUUUAUUUUGA